AUGUAUCGUACGAAUCCACAUGCGGCGAAGAAACUGAGCAGAGUUUUGGAAUCCAAUAUUAUUCUGGAAGCGUUUGGAAAUGCUACCACGUCGAUGAACCUUAAUUCGUCAAGGUUUGGAAAAGUGACAACUCUGCAAAUUGCCUUUGGGGGGAACCAGAAUGAAUUGAACUUUCACGUACUGUACGCGAUGGUGGCCGCGACCACAAGCCGGGCAGAGCUUAUGAGCGAAGCGGAAACGUGGAAAAAGGAUGUGGAAAGAUGGCAGCAGAUUAUUGGUGGGCUAGAUGAGCUGAACUGCUGUUCUGUGGCUUAA